CGACAAUUUGACAACACAUAAAUGCGUUAGGGGAAGUAACUGGAACAAAACAAUUGAAGUUAGUCGCUGUAGCUAUCGAUGACGUUGAAAUGGGCUACAAAGGCAACUUUCCACAGAUUAUGCGCGAGGCAGGCUUCAAGCUGCGGCAGUAUCGAGAUGGGCCAUUGGACUGGCGACUCAUGGGCGCCUAUGAAACGGAUCGGAUACUGCGGGAACAAAACUUUGAAGUGGUGGACGACGCACUGCAGCAUUUAUCCGAAGCGCCGCUGGGCACAGCGCUGGAGACGCACAUACUGGACAGUGGCAUAGCCAAGUACUUUAUAAUGUCGCAAUAUGCCAUACAAUAUCUGCUCUACUGUCGCACAUAUCUGGACGAAAGCGUCGGCGAAUUGCGCGAGGCACAUGCUACAGCCCAGCAGGAGAUUGCCAAGCUGCGUCAAUCACUCGGCGAGUCCAACAAUGAAGUUAUCCAGCUGCACAAGAAGAUCACGCAAAUCGAGGCUAUACGAGAAGUCGUCUUCCCCUGUCACUUGUGUACCAAGAACUUCAUCAGCAACGACGCACUCAAUGUGCACAUCGGCAGGAAGCAUCGUGUGGGUACUCCGACCACCAACUUGCCAGGUGGCAGCGGCUCCAAGGACAAAGAUAACGAUGUACAACUGAUAAACACCAUUAAAAUGGAACUGGAGAUCAAGCAGCUCAAAGAGCGACUAAAUGCCGCCGAACGCAAUAUUAAAGAGCGCAGCACCAGCUCCAGACAUCAUGCUAGCCCACGCCAGGAUCAGUCCACAGGCACCACACAAGUGCGCACUGUGGGCAUACAGAGUAAUCUGGCGGAAUACAAAGAGAAGGAUGAGCACAGCAGCGAGGCGAUUGGCAGCGAAGCAAGCGAACGCAAGGAACAGCUUCAUGGACUCGCCGAGCGUCUCAGCAACUUUGAAGUGUGGCAGACGCAGUUGAAGCAGAGUAACGAUCAAUUCAUCCAGGACAUCAAUCACAAGCUGGAGGAUUUAAGUCAUGCUCUGGAGCAGACAAAACUGCGCGCCGAAUCGAAAAUAACAACUGUUGCAGCAGCAACAACCGAAGAUCGUGUUGCUACGCCUUGUCUGGAGGAUUUGGAGCGCAUACUCAGCGAGAAGGUAGCCGAGAUUGGGAAAGUAAGUGCCAAUAAACUGGAAGAAGUAGUUUAUCAGUUGGAAAUGGGUUACAAGGAGAAAUUAGAGGCAUUGGAGCGUGAGUUGAAACGACUCACCGAGCACAAGGAAUCUAAUGUCAUCACACAAAGUGUAUCCAAAAUACCCAAGCCGCUGCCCAAGAAGGAGGAAACCAACUUGGAACGCAUUAAACGACAGGUGGAAACGGAAUUUCUGAAAACCAAGCACGACGACGACACAUAUUCCAUAGAGGAGCUGCCAGCAGAGCCAAAGCGAGAGCCAGAGCAACAGCAGCAGUCUGCGCAAAAGCAAUUGGUGACAAAAGUCCAAGAGCUUCCCAGUCGCAGCAGUUCAGGGAGUCAUCCAACGUUCACAAAGCCCGCAGCUGAGCUUGAGUCCAAAUUAAAGAGCAAGCCCAUCGUCAGCCAGCCAGAGACAAUAGAAACCACGGACAUCAGUGAGAGUCUCAGCGAGGAGGAGGAAACCAUCAGCGAGGAGCCUAGUGACUUCUUCACCUCGGAACCAGAGCGACAAGUAUUCCAAAUGCCAAAGUCUAAAGCAGCGGCAAAAGCUAAAAGUCCACAGAAGCCACAGCAGCCACUCACGAGGAAAGAUGCACGUAAGCUGGUGAAUCACAAGCUGAAUCCACAUGGCUUCAACAUGAAGUCAAAAAGUAUUUCGGGCAUAUCGCUUAAGCGCGUCAGUGCCGAGCUGGUGCAGCACAGGAACAACUUUCGACUGGAUAAUCCACAUUUCUAUGCGACACGUAAUCGCAUACGCAAAUUUGUGGAUAAACUCUGCUCCGCCAAGAUGCCACCGACUGCUCAGUUAAUGCUAAAACACAAGACGCCACUACAACCAUCUGAUGAUGGAGGCAAAAGCCUCACGGGCACAACACAAAAUGACGAAGAUGGUGAUGAUGAUCUGGAAACUCCUGAUCGCACGUCAUCACAGGAGGAGGAUGAUCCGCAGGAGUUAUCGCCCACUAACUCUAGUUCGCCACAGCAACGCCAACAGCAUCGCAACUUUAAGGCACAGUUGGAGCAAAUGUUGGCAAAGCCCGCGGCUCGCGUUGUUUCCAAGACGGGCACAACGCAAGUGCAGCUACAUGCAGCCAGGCCAGUGCCGUUGCCACGCAAACGCGUUAUGUUCAACACCAUGGGCAUUGACAAAAGUCUGAACGAUGAAGAUGAGGAAAUUAAAUGA